CACACACAGUGACCGCUGAUUUACCGGAUAUUGCAAAAUGUGGCUACUAUUGACGUUUGAUAUUUGACAUUUAUAGAGAAAAAUGUACUAAUGACCGUAGGAGACGUACUCCAAUACAUUAUGUGGCCACUCCGUUUUAGGGAGUGCCAUCGUCAUACCUAAACUGUUAUAUUUUAACAACUGGUUUUUAUUUCGAAAGAAAAACAACCGGAAAUACACCUUUUAGUUGAGUGACGUUUGACAACAGCCAACGUGCUAACCUAUAUUAGUCACGAACGUGUAAGACUCCUGGCAGGAGAGCAGUAUGUAUAUAAAAUGCGACGUUUUAGUGCUUCUUUUAACUGUAACGUUACAUAAAGGUCCUCUGAAGAAUAGCAAAAAGGUUAGCUAAUCGGUGCACGGCGAGCAAGCUAACAAGCUAGCAAUGUUAACGGUAUUUGGGGUUUAACGUUACUGAUGUUAAAAAGUCCGCAGCUGGCUGAGUUGGCUAGUCUGAAUGGAAGAGCUAACAGGCUAACUUAACUAUCGCCCGAAUUGGUGCGAAGUCCUUCUGGAGACAGACUUUCAGAGGACUAACGUUAACAUAAAUGAAGAGGAAUGGAAAGUAACGGGGAACAUUUAGAGCGCUGGGUCUUAAGGUUAUUUACAACUGGACACCCAUAGUAAAGGAUUAGCUUGUUUUCUACGUGGAAUGACGACAUUUUCACCGUUCAGCUGCCUCAAACACGGGCGUUGGUGAUGCUGUCGGUCACUGGCCAAAUGCUCCGGCUGUCCGAAUUGGGACAGAGCAUCAAAACUACAUUAUAAAUCAUGAAAAACUGCGAGUAUCAGCAAAUCGACCCGCAGGCACUUCCGACACCAACCCCGACCCCUCCACCUCAUCAUGGAAACGACAGUGACAAGAGAGAGGAGCCGAAGAGACCGAGGAGAAAGUGGGAAGUUUUCCCCGGAAAGAAUCGCUUCUACUGCGAUGGACGGAUCAUUGUGGCUCGACAGAAUGGGGUCUUGCCCCUCACUCUGGGCCUUAUUCUCGUCACAAGUGGAUUAUUCUUUAUAUUUGACUGCCCCUUCCUGGUCAAACACCUGACCAGCUGCAUACCUGUUAUUGGAGGAGGCCUCUUUGUAUUUGUGGUCAUCACCCUGCUCCAGACUAGCUUCACUGACCCCGGCAUCCUGCCCAGAGCAACGCCAGACGAGGCUGCAGACAUUGAAAAACAAAUUGACAACACUGGAAACGCCAGCUAUCGACCUCCACCGCGCACCAAGGAAGUCCUCAUCAACCAGCAGGUGGUGAAGCUCAAGUACUGCUUCACCUGCAAGAUGUUCCGUCCUCCGCGCACCUCCCACUGCAGCCUGUGUGACAACUGUGUGGAGCGUUUCGACCAUCACUGCCCUUGGGUGGGGAACUGUGUGGGCAAACGCAACUACCGUUUCUUCUACACCUUCAUUGUGUCGCUGUCCUUCCUGACGGCGUUCAUCUUCGGCUGUGUGACCACGCAUCUAGCACUGAGGGCGCAAGGUGGAAAAGGCCUGGUGUUUGCUUUACAAGAGAGUCCAGGCAGUGCUGUGGAGCUGGUGAUAUGUUUCUUCUCAGUCUGGUCCAUCCUGGGCCUCUCAGGCUUCCAUACAUACCUGGUUUCUUCCAACCUGACCACUAAUGAAGACAUUAAAGGCUCCUGGUCAGGCAAGAGUGGAGAAGAUGUCACCAACCCAUACACUCACAGAAACAUCUUUGUCAACUGUUGUUCUGUGCUCUGUGGACCCAUGCCACCCAGCUUGAUCGACAGACGAGGGUUCCUGCCCGCAGAUGAAUCUUCCCAGACUGCUGGCGUGGACAUCGAGCUGCCCACUCUGGCAACUAAAAGCGAGAUAAAUGUGGUAGGAGGAUCUUCCCUGCUGGCUUUUGGCUUGCAGGCAUCCCCUUCUCCUGUGCCUGCACACCCCAACUCCCACCAAAACACUUCCUCUGCCUGACAGAAGCUUUCUUGUCUGCUGUUGCCCCAACCCAGAAUCUGCUGCUUGUUGUGUAUGGGUUAAUCCCUACAUACUGUUUACACUACAGUCAGAGGUUUACAUAUCAGUACUACUUUUCUUAGUACAAACAAGACUUGUAAAAGCAUUUUGAAAGUAGGUAAACAACUUGGUGUAAGCUGGCAAAAUAUUAAUUGGUUUUAUAAUAAAUUUGAACGUUUUGGGAAAUGUGCUUAUUUGCUGAGGGUGAGAUGAGAAGAUCAAUAUCAAUCCCACGUCUGUGUGUUAAAGCUAGCCUGUAAGUUUUGUAGAACAGAGGCAAGGUGGUAAUUAUGUCGUAAUGGUAAAUGCUAUAACAUAGCGUAACAGUAGAGAGACAAGUUACGUCAGCAAACUGACUCAGUAAUGUCAGUUACACAGCAGAUUUGGCUUUGCUAACAUUAUAGCCACUAUAAGCUGUCGGUCAUACCAGACAGCUCGUAGCAGCAAAAGUGUGUUGCAUUGAGCAGGAGUGCAUUUUAUCGCUUAUGAUUUCAACGUGUUGUGUGAGAGGAAGAUUUUGGUAUUUCUUCCUUCAGAACUUAGUCUAAUUUUUUGAAGUAAGCAGUUGGAGUCUGGACAUUUUUUAGCCUAGCUUAGAAGGAAAGCUGCUAGCAUAGCUCUGGCAAAGUGGAAAAAAUUCCACCUAGAGUACCAACACCUCUAAAGCUCACAAAUGAACAGGCUUAAUUUUUUUUGUAUCUAAAGAAACCCAAUACAUCAUUUAAGUAAGACAAAUUUGGUUGGUGUACUUAAAUGUUUUCAAAGCCAGGCUUGCUGUUUCCCCUUGUUUCAAGUAUUUGUGCUAAGCUAAGCUAAUCAGCUGCUGGCAGCAUUGUUAUAUUUAGUGUACAGACACAAGAGUGGGAUCAAUCCUUUCAUCUCUGGGGUGGAGAAAAAGCAAAUGAGCCUGUUCGACAAAAGGGAAAACUAUUCUUUAAGUUUAUGAUUGAGUAACAUUUGGUUGGCCCCGGGCAGUUCACUCAUGUCUGAACAGCUCAGUCAUGUUUACCUCAUGGACAUAAACAAAUUAGGUUUACUGACAUUAUGCUUUAGAAAUAAGGAACAGGGAUAUUAUUCACUAUGUAUUUUUAUACCUUUUUUUUUUUUUUUUUUUUUUUAAAUUCACCAUCCUCAAUAUGUUGUUCCUGUGCAGUAUGUCCACUCAGGGUGUUUUUUAAAAGGGAGAAAGAGAGCAGGAGUUGUAAUAAGCGAAGACUCAGAUGCUGUUUCCAGCUCGUCGUCCUCCUCACAGGGCGGCUCUCUUGCUGUUCUCUCUGACAGCAAGGGAUCUUAACAUGGCGACUGGAGAGUUGUACAGCAACUUUUGUUUACAAGACGUGAGUGCGGUUCAGUCAGAGUUGCAGUCUGAGCCACAGUACUCUCGUAUCAAGCCUCUUUUUCUGUUUACACCAAAAUAACAAGACGGCUAUAAAACCUUUUUUUAUUUGUGUGUACAGAAUAAACAGAAAAGCAAGUGAAGUUGCACUGUUUCUAGUCUUUUUAUUAAGUUUUAUUUUAUUGUUUUAUUUUAUUGUAAAUAGUCUUUUGAAUUCAGAUUCCAUAAACUGGGGAAGCUGUGAGGAAAGCUUUUUCUGCACCAACUGUUCCUUGUUUGUCGUAACACACCAAGCCAACCAACAUCAUUUCCCAAUUCUUUCCCUUCAUGUCAUUAUUCCACGAAUGUUUUUUGUAUUUUGUCAGUACCUGAAAUGUAAUAAAACAUGCAUUUUUGUCCAUGCAAUUCA